CUACAAGCCAUGUGCAACCUGUGGGUGAAGUGGUUAGGAGUACUGCUACUCUUGGUCAUGUUUACUCACUCAGCCCUUAAACCAGCAAUGCCCCCAGUGAUCAAGAAACGACCUUUCAACAUUUUCUGGGCGGCCCCAACAAUGCAGUGUCAGCAUUUCUUCAAUGUGGAUUUGAAUCUUCGAUUAUUUAAUAUCAUAUCAAAUCCUUUAGAGACUCAGAGUGGAUCAACAAUUGCCAUAAUUUAUCCAAAUGAAUUAGGGUAUUAUCCGUAUUUCUCUCAAGAUGGAAAAUCCUUUAAUGGAGGAAUACCACAGAAUGUGAGUCUCUCCAAACACCUCAGGAAGACAGCUAAUGACAUUGCAAAAUUUGUCCCUUGGUGGAGAUCAGAUGGUCUUGUUGUCCUUGACUGGGAAAGCUGGAAACCACAAUGGGACAGAAAUUGGGGCAAUAGAAUAAUAUAUAAAAAUUUCUCCUUAGCCUUUACUAGAAACCACCAUCCUGAUUGGUCAGAAAUGAAAGUGAAAACUGUUGCCCAAGAGGAAUUUGAAACGGCUGGAAGGAAUAUUAUGAAUGCUACUCUCACACUCGCUUUAGAAAUGAGACCGAAAUGUUUAUGGGGCUUUUAUCUCUAUCCAGACUGCUACAAUUAUGAUUAUAGGAUAAAUCCUCAGACUUACACAGGUAAAUGCCCAAGUGAUGAAAUUUUCCUCAAUGACCAACUCCAGUGGCUAUGGAAAAAAAGCAGAGCACUUUAUACUUCAAUAUAUUUGGAUAAAAUAUUGAAGUCAAGUUUAAAUGCUUUGAAAUUUGUGCAUUAUCGCGUUAGAGAAGCCAUGAGAAUUGCUGAAAUGGCUAGACGUGACUACAUUUUGCCAGUUUUUAUUUUUUCCAGGCCAUUUUAUUUGCAUAGCAUUGAAGCUUUGUCACAGGAGGACUUAGUACAUACAAUUGGUGAGAGUGCUGCAUUGGGGGUGGCAGGAGUAAUAUUGUGGGGUGGAUAUGAAUAUUCUAAUUCAAAGGAGACCUGCUUGUCUGUGCAGAAAUUUAUUCAAGGAGCAUUGGGCCAUUAUGCUGCUAAUGUGACAACUGCAGCCAAACUUUGCAGUCAAAGUUUGUGUAAUAAUAAUGGACGAUGCGUCCGUAAAAUACCUGAGUCCUCCUCCUAUCUGCACAUGCCUGAAAGCAGCAGUAAGAAACAUGUCCUCGGUAAGGGCUUGAGUUUCACCAUUUCUCCAGCCAGUAAACUGAAGACGAUAAAGGACUUGAAAGAUGGGUUUGUAUGUCACUGCUAUCAUGGCUGGCAUGGCGAGUCUUGCCAGCAACGCUCCUCAGAUGUCUUGAGAGGGAAGAGUAAGGCUCCCUUGGCUAACUUUAAAUUUUCAGUAAUUCUUGGCAUGACCUCAUCUGGGAUUCUGUUGAUUUUGUUUACCCCUCUACAACAAUGUCAAUUUUUUCCUUGAAAAGUAGAAAAUACGGAUUUUUUUUCAUUAACUUCAAUCUACUUCUAAAAUAUUUAUUGGCUUUAAAGUUAAAAAAGGAGGGGAUAAUCAUUAGUUCCACACGUUGGUAGAGUGAUUAUUUAUUAGGUGCUUACCUCACGAGAGGUAGAAAGGAUAACGAUGUAAACGUUUCAAAGUCUCUGUCCUUGGGGGGCUUGAA